UUUUGUUUUUAGUGCAGCAAUACGAACGUGUCGCAGCUGCAGCAAUGAUGUGCUUAAAAAUAACACGAAUCUGAAAGAGCCAAAAAGGACCAAAAGUCAAAAGAUAUAAAUACAUACAUUAUUUUUGUUUAGCCACUUCCUACUUGAACAUUGAACAUACAUAAGCCUGACACGAUGUACCGUCAGGGACUGAUCCUGCUCUGCAUCGUCGGAAUAAGGGCGAUAAAUCCGUUAGAAAACGAAAUCGCUCAUCCCGAGACCAAAAGCCACCCGAACCCGAAAUUGCCCGCCAGCGAAAUGCCACUUGAACUUGAUAUAUUCAAACUUAUUAAUGUGUCGUCUAAAGACCAAGGAGUAUCUUUGGUGGAAGGACCGAUUGUCAAAUAUCCUGCUUAUAAGUUUCGCUUGCCUUAUGGAAACGUACCUUUGAGCAACUCCAAUAUUGUAACCGAAACCAUGAAUAAUACUAAAGGAUUCACUGCAAUAUUUUUAUAUAGGCAACAAAAAAACAAUUUGGGCACGUUGUUAUCGGUGAAUUCGCCAGGACGAUUGACCCCCUGGUUUCAACUGACGUCGAAUUCGAAAACCGGAAUUUUAACCCUCAAAUACCGGCUGAGGAGCUCGAACAAAUUGAAUCAAAUCGACUGGGGAUUGCCGAGGCAUCACAGGAAAUCGCCGUUGGCCGCUUGGAUAUGGCUUUCUGUAUCCAUGGACUUUCAAGAAGGCCUGAUUCGCCUGGAUUUAGAUUGCACACCCAGUUCCUUUGAGGGUAUUCCAAGCAAAAAAGGACUUCAUUCUACAAUAGGCAUGCCAAAAGAAGCUUUGGUCUAUUUCCGACAAGAGCCUGGUAGAAAGAAGAAGUUUUUAGGCUCAAUGCAAGUGGCUAAAAUUCUACCGUACGUCAGUCACGAACGGCUAUGGAACUGUUUGGAAAUAUCCGCGAAGCUGUCGCCGGAAUUUCAAAAACCACUGUUGUAAACUUAUGAUGCCAAAAUAAACUACGCCUAUGGUUUUUUUGGCUCCGCCCACUGCUCAUUGAUGGAUCAUAAAAGACAGAGGCGUAGUUAAAAGUCUACAGAAUUAUUUUUUCAUUUGAUUACUUACAUUAUAAUAUCUUAAUUGUUAAAACAACCAAAGCAAAAUUAUUAUUAGGACAUUGGCAAUUAAAAAAUCGCACUGUAUACCUAUAAUACUUAGAAUGUUUUAGAUUGUUUUUUUUUUCUAUAUUUCACAUAAAAACAAUAAUAUUUUAACUCUUCUAAUAAUCUUAAGAUUUUUAACUUAGAAUGAUUGAAAAUGACUGUGACUAAAAUGCUGUUGUAGGCAGAAGUAAUAUAAAAAAAAAAUUGCUACGCUCAUGAUUUUAAAGCUCCACCCUCUGGGAAUAGAACCAAAUGAGCUUUGAAUUAGAGAUCUACACUCAUGGUUUUUAAGCUCCACCCAAGAAAAUUCAAAUGUUGAUAUUACUAAAACCUACAAAUUGAUUCGGAAAUGUGAUAUUAUUAACGAAAAAAAAAAACAAGGCAGUUUAAAUAAUUGAAAACUAGUGUUUGUAUGAUUAUUUAUAAGAAUUGCAAUAAAAUUAUUGUACUUAUUUA